AUGAUUAUCACUAAAUCCUUGUCACUUGAUUAAAUUCCUGGAAAGAAAUUGAUUAUAAAUAUUUAUUUAAUUUAGCAAUACUUAGAAAAAUGUGGCAUGUUUACAAAAGCGUAUGAAAAUUAUGGAAUUAUUGCUUUAGAAUUGCUUAUUUUAUUAAUUAUUUAAGACUUCUCUUUAUUUCUUUUUUUUUUUCAAUAAAAAAUGUUGCAAAAUUAAAAGAAAGUUCAACUAAUAAGACAAAUAGUAAGGAUUAUUAAAACCAUAAUAAGAUACAAUAAUUAAUGGGUCAUUUUGCAAAUUUAUUAUGAUUUAUUGAAUAAUUCUUAUUAAUGA